UGGUGACGUCACGGCGCUCGUCGGCGCCGCCUGUUGCGUCACGGGUCGGGCCAGCGGGGCGUUCUAGGGGUCUUUCGCUCUUGGCGCCGCAGGCGGCGGGCGCGUGCGCAGCCCGAUGAAGAAGGUGGUUUCCAAGCAGUCUCCGCCCAAGUUGAUUGGUAGGUGCCCUCCCCGCGCGGGGCGCCGGUUGCUACGGACGCAGUGGCGGCCGCUGGCUGGCGGGCGUGCGCGGCGUCGCCGCGGGUGCGGCGCAGCCUCGGUGUCUCGGGGCCGGGCGGUGCAGGGUCACGCUCACCGCCGGGACGGCACCAUGAAGUCUCUAAAGAAGGAUUCCCGCCUCAAAAUAACUCCAACCAGAUUAUUAGAGGCCGCAGAGAGCUUCAAAGAAAAGAAACGGGCAAAGGGACCUGAACAACCCACACCCCCAAUUCAGGAAGAGCCUGAACCUGUUAGCAAUGUCCUACAAGGAGAUGACAUUCUUGCUUUGGCCAUUAAGAAGGAAGACUUGAAGGAGCAACAUAUUCCUCGCCUUACUGAAAAGGAAGAUAAACGCGUCAUUACCCAGAAAUUUAUCAUCCGUAAACUCAAACCCACGGAUCCUAGGAGGAAGGUCUGCCACCUUGUAGCACGUCCUGCAAAUACCGAUGCAGCCACAAAGCCUCUGGACUACUCUGGUCCCGGUGACAGCUUCGAUGGCAUUGACCAGAUCCUGCCCCACCACAUCUUGGGGAGUCUCCAGGACUUUAAGAGAAUUGCACUUGCUCGAGGGAACACCCGGCUGGCUGAGCUGAUACCUACCUCACCCUGUCUGAUGACCCUCAUCUCUGCUAAAGGAGAGUCAAAGCAAAAAGCCCCAAAAGAAGAGAAGAGACCUCCCUGGGCCCCACCUCCUCAGCACAACUUUCUGAAAAACUGGCAGCGUAACAUAGCCCUGCGGAAGAAGCAGCAGGAAGCCCUCAGUGAACACCUAAAGAAGCCGAUCAGUGAGCUGCUCAUGCACACUGGGGAGACCUACAGACGGAUCCAGGAGGAGCGGGAGCUCAUUGACUGCACACUUCCAACGCGGCGUGAUAGGAAAAGCUGGGAGAACAGUGGGUUCUGGAGUCGACUGGAAUACUUGGGAGAUGAGAUGACAGGUCUGGUCAUGACCAAGACAAAAACUCAGCGUGGCCUUAUGGAGCCCAUCACUCACAUCGGGAAGCCCCACUCCAUCCGGGUGGAGACAGGAUUACCAGCCCAGAGGGACGCUUCAUACCGCUACACCUGGGAUCGGAGUCUAUUUCUGAUCUACCGACGCAAGGAGCUGCAGAAAAUCAUGGCAGAGAUGGAUUUCAGCCAGCAGGAUAUUGAUGGCCUGGAGGUGGUGGGCAAAGGGCAGCCCUUCUCAGCUGUUACUGUGGAAGACUACACAGUGUUUGAAAGAAGUCAGGGAAGCUCCUCUGAAGAGACAACAUACUUAGGCACAUUGGCAAGUUCCUCUGAUGUCCCCAUGCCUAUUCUCGGCCCUUCUCUUCUGUUCUGUGGGAAGCCAGCUUGCUGGAUCAGAGGCAGUAAUCCACAGAACAAGAGGCAGGUCGGGAUUGCUGUUCACUUGACCUUUGAAACCCUAGAAGGCGAGAAAACCUCCUCAGAACUGACUGUGGUCAAUAAUGGCACCGUGGCCAUUUGGUAUGACUGGCGACGGCAGCACCAACCGGACACUUUCCAAGACCUGAAGAAAAACAGGAUGCAGCAAUUUUACUUUAACAGCCGGGAAGGUGUGAUUCUGCCUGGAGAAACUAAAACCUUUACCUUCUUCUUCAAGUCUUUGACUGCUGGGAUCUUCAGGGAAUUUUGGGAGUUUCGAACCCAUCCUACUCUAUUAGGAGGUGCUGUGCUGCAAGUCAAUCUCCAUGCAGUCUCCCUGACCCAGGAUGUUUUUGAGGAUGAGAGGAAAGUACUGGAGAGCAAACUGACGGCCCAUGAGGCAGUCACCAUCGUUCACGAAGUGCUGCAGGAGGUGCUGAUGGGGGUCUUGACCCCGGAGCGCACACCAUCACCUGUGGAUGCCUAUCUCACCAAGGAAGACUUGUUCCGACACAGGAAUCCUCAGCUGCAUUACGAGCACCAAGUGGUGCAAAGCCUGCAUGAACUGUGGCGCCAGUACAUGACUCUGCCCCCCAACGCUGAGGAGGCCAGGCCAGGGGACAAGGAGCACGUCAGCCCCAUAGCCACAGAGAAGGCCUCUGUGAAUGCCGAGCUCUUACCGCGCUUUAGGAGCCCCAUUUCUGAACCUCAAGUGCCCCAGCCUGAGAACGAGGCCCUCAGGGAAUCCGGAUCCCAGAAGGCCAGAGUGGGAACCAAGAGUCCUCAGCAGAAGAGCAUCGUGGAGGAGAUCCUGGUGGAGGAAAGCCCAGAUGUGGACAGCGCCAGGAGCCCCUGGGAGCCGGAUGGCCUUCCCCUGCUGGAGUGGAAUCUCUGCUUGGAGGAUUUCAGAAAGGCAGUGAUGGUGCUCCCUGAUGAGAACCAGAGAGAGGAUGCGCUGAUGAGGCUCAACAAAGCAGCCCUGGAGCUGUGCCAGAACCCAAGGCCAUUGCAGUCCAACCUCCUGCACCAGAUGGGUUUGCAGCUAUGGCGAGAUGUGAUUGACAGCCUGGUGAGCCAUUCCCUGUGGCUGAGGUCUCUGCUGGGCCUGCCUGAGAAGGAGACCAUCUAUUUGAAUGUGCCUGAAGAGCAAGAUCAAAAAUCACCUGCCAUCAUGGAAGUGAAGGUACCUGUGGGGAAAGUUGGGAAGGAGGAGCGGAAAGGAGCAGCCCAGGAAAAGAAGCAACUGGGGAUCAAAGACAAAGAAGACAAGAAAGGAGCCAGGGUACUCGGGAAGGAGUCAUGCUGGGGCGACCGUCCCAACAGCAAGAAGCACAGGGCAAAGGACGACAAGAAAGUCAUAAAAUCUGCAAGUCGGGACAGGUUUUCCUCGGAAGACCCUAUCCCUGACAUCAACCUCCCUUCUCAAGAACCCAUAGACCCCCUGGUCAUGGAGAAAUACACCCAGAGGCUGCACAGCGAGGUCCAUGGGCUGCUGGACACCCUGGUGACCAACCUGAUGGUCCUGGCUGAUGAGCUCAGCCCCAUAAAGAAUGUCGAGGAGCCUUUGCGUCUCUGCAGGUGACUCUCGGGCCCAAGCAACCUUCUGGAAAACGGGUUAAUGAAUAAUAAAGAACCUUCAAGUUUCUACUA